AUGUCGUCGUCAGACAGAUCUCAGAACCGUUCACAAGGUCAAGAUGGCAACAAUAGGGGGGGAAAUCAGGAAGGCGCACCACAGCAACAGCAGCAAGAAACACAAUCUGCCUUCCAAUCAAUCAUACAAGUGAUCUUUCGAAUCAUGAUAGUAUAUUGGCUUGUCACUUUUAUAUUUAAAGGCAAAAAUAAUACACCAUCUACUCCACCUCCGAUUAUAGAUGUCCCGUCAGGAGUAGACAUACCACAAACUCAUCCAAAUGAAAUUAAACCGAAGAAUCUUUAUCCAUCGUGGCCAAUGGGUUCAAGCAUGGACUUACAUGUGUACGUAUCCGAGAAAGAAUAUUUUACCGAUUUCAAUGAUCCUUCUGCUCUCAUAUGGCAUACUUCAAAUAUUCAUUAUGGGGAUUGGAACGAAGAAAGAGAGAGUGAAGUGGAAAUUGAGACUUCUGCGGCUGUACGAAACAAUGGUUCCUUGUAUGCACAUAUUUACCUUACUCUUGAAAAAGCAACUCCAAACCCACUUGAACCAGGGUAUCAGGAUGGCAUGAUAGUUUACACACGCAAAUUAUUAACAAGGUAUUACCCGAAACGAAAAAUAAUCAAGACCAAAAAUCUCAUUCUUGAUAGUGGUGGAGAUAAAGAGAUAGAGGAAGAGGAUAACUUAACGCUCAACAUUGUUUCUGAUUAUGCUAUAAUCCCAUAUCAUCAGUUGCUACCAUCAGUUGCUUCAGUUGUUUCAUUGGAUCCAAGCAAAUAUAUCGAUCCAAAUACACAGGGUGGAUAUUACCUUCCUGUUUUAUUUAAUAAUGAUUUUUGGGUUCUCAGGGAGCAUUUAACGCCCAUAAAUGAGACCGUCAAGUACGUGUUGUUCACUUCAUUUUCAUUCUUGACGAUUUAA